GCUAAGAUGGCCGAAGGCGCCCGGCGGGGGUGAGCGGGGGGCGCGGUGCAGCCAGCCGGGGAGCCCGCGGGCGGGCAGGCCAGCGGCGCCUCCCCCGCGGCCACCAUGUCGUUCGCGCUGGAGGAGACGCUCGAGUCGGACUGGGUGGCCGUGCGGCCGCAUGUGUUCGACGAGCGCGAGAAGCACAAGUUCGUCUUCAUUGUGGCCUGGAACGAGAUCGAGGGCAAGUUUGCCAUAACCUGCCACAACCGGACGGCCCAGAGGCAGAGGAGCGGCUCCCGGGAGCAGGCGGGGGCGCGAGGGGGCGCCGAGCCCGCAGCGCCAGCGCCCGACGGGGCCCGCGGGCCGGGCAGCCCAGCCGGCAGGGGCCGGCCCGAGGCCGCCGCCUCUGGGACUCCGGGCAGGAGCCCCGGGCCCCGGAGGAGCCCGGCCUGGGCGGACGGCGGCUCCCCGCGGAGCGCGCGCGGCCCUCGGGGCGACCCGUCGCUGCGCUGUGCGGCCGGCAGAGGGGCGGAGAGCCCCCUCAGGAGCCCGGGGCGCGCCCAGAGCGGGCCGGCCCGCAGGGGCCCCGAAGGCAGGGACGCGGCCGAGGCAGCCCCGCCGGCAGCCCCGCCGGCGCCCAGGGAGGCCCCGGUGUCCUCGGUGCGAGUCGUGAGCGCCUGCGGGGCUGUCUCCGAGGAGAUAGAGGUGCUGGAAAUGGUGAGGGAGGACGAGGUGGCCCCGGCGGCCCUGGCGCUCUCGGACGCAGAGCAGCCGCCCUCCGGCGCCGAGCUGGAGCCCCCGGCCGAGGAGUGCAGCUGGGCCGGGCUCUUCUCCUUCCAGGACCUGCGCGCUGUGCACCAGCAGCUGUGCUCGGUGAACUCGCAGCUGGAGCAGUGCCUGCCCGUGUUCCCCGAGGAGCCCUCUGGCAUGUGGACCGUGCUGUUCGGGGGCGCCCCAGAGAUGACCGAGCAGGAGAUCGACACUCUGUGUUACCAGCUCCAGGUCUACCUGGGCCACGGCCUGGACACCUGCGGCUGGAAGAUCCUGUCCCAGGUGCUUUUCACCGAGACCGACGAUCCCGAGGAGUAUUACGAAAGCCUGAGCGAGCUGCGGCAGAAGGGCUACGAAGAAGUGCUUCAGCGGGCCCGGAAGCGCAUCCAGGAGCUCCUGGAUAAGCACAAGAAUACAGAAAGCAUGGUUGAGCUUCUGGAUUUGUAUCAGAUGGAGGAUGAAGCCUAUAGCAGCCUUGCAGAAGCCACAACUGAACUAUAUCAGUAUUUACUACAGCCAUUCAGAGACAUGAGAGAACUUGCCAUGCUACGAAGACAGCAGAUUAAGAUUUCUAUGGAGAAUGAUUAUCUCGGUCCCCGGAGAAUUGAAAGUCUACAGAAAGAAGAUGCUGAUUGGCAGCGAAAAGCUCACAUGGCUGUGCUGUCUAUUCAAGACCUUACUGUCAAAUAUUUUGAAAUAACAGCAAAAGCACAAAAAGCUGUGUAUGAUCGAAUGCGAGCAGAUCAGAAGAAAUUUGGUAAAGCAUCAUGGGCAGCAGCUGCAGAACGUAUGGAAAAACUCCAGUAUGCGGUUUCUAAGGAGACUCUACAGAUGAUGAGAGCGAAAGAGAUCUGUUUGGAACAGAGGAAACAUGCACUAAAAGAAGAGAUGCAGAGUUUGCAGGGUGGUACAGAAGCCAUAGCCCGAUUGGAUCAGUUAGAAGCUGAUUAUUAUGAUCUGCAACUUCAGUUGUAUGAAGUACAGUUUGAAAUCCUGAAGUGUGAAGAGUUGUUAUUGACAGCACAACUGGAAAGCAUCAAAAGACUUAUAUCAGAAAAGAGAGAUGAAGUGGUAUACUAUGACACUUACGAAAGCAUGGAGGCCAUGCUGGAGAAGGAAGAGAUGGCAGCGUCUGUGCACUUACAGAGAGAAGAGCUACAGAAACUUCAGCAGAAAGCACGCCAGCUGGAAGCAAGACGUGGACGGGUUUCAGCCAAGAAAGCCUACCUCAGAAAUAAAAAGGAAAUUUGUAUUGCAAAACACAAUGAAAAGUUCCAACAGCGCCUUCGGAGUGAAGAUGAGUAUAGAACCCAUCACACAGUACAACUAAAGAGAGAAAAAUUACAUGAUGAAGAAGAAAGAAAAAGUGCUUGGGUUAGCCAGGAGAGACAAAGAACACUGGAUAGACUUCGAAAUUUUAAACAGAGAUACCCUGGCCAAGUCAUACUUAAAUCAACCAGAUUGCGACUGGCUCAUGCAAGAAGAAGAAGCACAGCCAGUCCUGUGCCCUGUGAGGAGCAGUGUGACUCUCUGCCAGGGGCGCUACAGGUAGAAGAUAAAAGUGAAAAGGUGGAGGAAGGAAGAGGCAAGUUUGAGUCAUCACAGAAAACAGAAGCCCAAAGCCUCGCACAACUUGAAGAUACUUCAUUAGCACAACUUGAACCCACUUCAUUACCUCUCAGCGGUGUUACCUCUGAACUGCCACCCACUGUUUCUCUUCCACUUUUAAAUAAUAUUGACCUCGAACCAGGUUCUGUUACCAUAGCUCCACUUCCCCCACCUCUUCCUCCAACACCACCUCCACCACCACCACCACCACCACCACCUCCCCCACCACCACCUUUGCCUGUUGCUAAGGACAACUCCCUAGAGACACUGGAGAAGGGUCUGCCUAGGACAGAGGGGAAUGAGAAGAGGAUCCCGAAGUCUGCGAGUGCCCCCUCAGCACAUCUCUUUGACAGCAGCCAGCUAGUCAGUGCCAGGAAGAAGCUCAAAAAGACUGCAGAAGGUUUGCAGAGGAGAAGGGUGAGUUCACCCAUGGAUGAGGUGCUAGCUUCCUUGAAGCGUGGUAGUUUUCACCUGAAAAAAGUUGAACAGCGAACUCUGCCUCCUUUUCCUGACGAGGAUGAUAGUAAUAAUAUCUUGGCACAAAUCAGGAAAGGGGUAAAAUUGAAGAAGGUACAGAAGGAAGUUCUGAGAGAAUCCUUCACGCUUCUGCCUGACACAGACCCUCUAACACGGAGCAUCCAUGAGGCUCUUAGAAGAAUCAAAGAGGCGUCCCCUGAGUCGGAGGAUGAAGAGGAGGCUUUGCCUUGCACAGAUUGGGAAAACUAACAAGUGACUCAACAGAAAAAAAAAUACCUUCAGUUGAAGAUCAAGGAUUUGUUUUUGAAAAACAAAAUUUUAAACACGUGAUUUCCCAGCUGGAUUCCAUUAGAUGCAAAAAGUGUGUUGGCUCAGUGGUAUGAAAAAAUGGAAGCACAAUUGGCAAGUUAACGCUUUUCCAGUCAUUCCAGUAGUUGGUGGUUAACAUGAGUUUUAGAUGUGCAAUGCUCCUGAUGCAAUGAAGAAAAGGCCUUCCAGAGAUGCCUGUUUUUUUAAAGCACCUUCCCCUCCUGUCCACCCACGUACAUCCUUGUAGUGGCCGCUAAAGCUAGGGGUUGUUCUGAGUUGGAAGACAGUGGGCUGACAGAGAUCUACUGUGAGCUGUAUUGGGACUGCUUUGAAAUCCAUCUUUCCACGCACUGAAUAGUCCUCUGCUUGAAAACACAGGGCUGCUUCCAUAUCAGCUUUUAUAAAUAAUGCAGCACUCUGAAAAAGUUUAUCAUGAUAGCUAUAGGAUAGGAAUUGGAAAGAAUCAGAUGGAAAUGCCCUGAAAAUUUCCAUCUUACUCAUCUCCAGAGGAAAUUUCAUAAAGAUGUUCAACAUCUGAAAAGAAAGAUAACCACGGAGAUACACUUACUGUGUUUACCACAACAUGAUACAUUUAACAUGGCAUAUUUUUAAAAGACCACCUACUCUCACACUUUGUAAGGUUUUGAAGUAAAAAUUUCCAUGCUUUUAAAUAGCUCUUCAUAAUUGUGAAUUUAUAAUAGUUUGGAUUUCAUGUGCAGCUUUGUUUAUGAAAAGCAAUACUUUGUAACUUGAUAAUGUUUCAAAUUAUUUUUAGUCUCUUUGUUUGAACAAUUGCUUGAUUAGUGUAAUUCAACAUGACUUUCCUAUUGAGAAUCAAAAAUGAGGAUUCAGUAAUAGGGAUGCAGAUAUUAAGUCUGUUUAACAUGCACCAUUUAAGUUUUUUAUGCUCCUCAGUGAAGUGUGCCCUUACAAACAUGCAGAAAGUAGGCAGAAAAGCCUCCUUGGCUGGGAUUUCACUAUCUUCACAAUGUUUUGAAUGGAAUUUUGGGAGAGAGCCUUUGUUACUAUCAGUAGACUUUUUAAAACCUAUGUAUGUAGUUCUAGGUGCUGACUUUGCUGUAUUGGAGUCCCAAAGGAUGCAUUUUUUUGUGAGUGGAGCCACUGUGGAUUCUCAGCAGGACUGUUGUGGGCUGAAUGAAGGGUGGAUAUGUUGGACCCAGCCCACCGUCUUCUAUAGAGUGUAAUUCUGCAUCAGAUAGACGUUAGCCUCUGUAUGAACGGAGUUAGGUAAGGACUGGUGUACCAAAGAGAACUUUCUCCUGAAAGCGUUUCUCUGGCCUAGCACCAGAAAGCAGUCCCAGAAUAGCAGCGCUCCAAUGUAUAAAUUGGUUUUCCGGAAGAGAGAAAAAAAUGCUUAGACCUUUGUCACUUUAAGAUGUAUUUCCUUUAGAAUAAUUAUGGAGAAAAUUUUCUGUUUAUUGAGGAGAGUAGGAGCUUUUUGCACAGUUUUUUUUCAUAGUACUUUAGCUUUCUUCUUGUAUUCCCACAUGUUAUCUUGGAAAAUUAAAAUAUAUAUCUUGUAUAGAGACUCUUUAUCCUACAAUGGGGAGGUGGAAUUAGUAAGGCAUUUAAGCGUGCUUUUCAAUUGAAAGAAUGAUUGGUUUGAAUAUAAUUUAGCAAAAAAAUGUUAAAGCAAAUUUUCAAACCUUAAAAAAAUCAUGUAUCAAUAUUAAGCCUUUGAAUGCUUAUGAAUCAUUUUUUUCCCAUUCAUUGAUACUUAGAAAAACACAGGAGAACUUAACAUUAAAUGAACAGCAAAAUCACUAGAACUGUUGUCAGAAUUACUCCCCAUUUAAUGUUAGAGUGGGGAUUCCAUCGAGAGUUGGGCUCAAUUAUAAAUGGGUCCUGUGAUUUGUCUUUCAGAAUCAUGUCCUGGUAAGUGUUCAGCAAAUGCUAGACAGGGUACAGACCCCUGUGAAUCCUUUUGGGGGUGCAUCCACAGCUCUGAGUACAUCUCACGGUGGUACUCCAUGAAGGUUAUCUCACUUGCAAAACCUCCUUAAUAACCAGCUAUGCUUACACUCUGCUGAAUAACGUUCUCCAACAUACCUACUUUCCAUCCUUAAGAUUCAGAUUCCUACUUCCACAGAAUUACAAGUAACUGCAGAUCAUUCACCUUUUGGAAUCUCAGUGUUAAAAUUUUAAAUAACUACAGUCCACUUGUCCAAGAUGAGAUAGAUUACCAGUUGAAUCCUUAUGUUAAUUUUUCCCCCUCAUGUUAAUUAAAACAGUUUCCGGACCCAACAAUUAUGUAAGCAUGAUUGAAUUCCCCUCCUCCCCUUGCCCCCAAAAAAGAGCAUCUUUGCCCUCAAUAUUAAAUUUUAAUAUAUUUAGUUAGGAUGGUAUUUAUAGAUGAUGUUUCAAGUUCCAAACUUGCCCAUACUAUUUAUAUGGUUUAAAAUAUUUGAUAGUUAUAUAUCUCAGUGUGUCAUUUCUGUCAUAAAAAUCCACAAACAGCUGCUUGCUUGUGCCGAAUCACUUUAGAAGUCCAUUUACCAAUCUAGUCUCGACUGUAAUAUAUUUUAGAUAACUUGAGGAUAUUUUAAGGUUAAUGCUACUGCUCACUUGAAUGCCAAUUUUAAAGUUCUCCCAGUUAUAGUCAGAAUGCUGUGUAUAUAACCAAUAGAAAAGGUAUUCCUAAUGAUCUCAAAUAUGGGUGGUAUUGUGGCAUAGCAGUGUGACCAAAUGCCUGGCUAAAGAGGAUUUUUGAAAGGAGCAGUUGUCUUGCUUACUUGAUGUGUGUUUUAUAAGUUCUGAGUUCGGAAGCAGCAUAAAAACAAUCAUUCCCUAGUUCUUACUGUGGAACUGAAAGAUUUCUUAUAUAUUUUUAAACUAAUUUAGAUGCAGCCAUAAGAAAUGACCAGGUGUAGUAUUUUCUACAGUUGGAAUGUGGUGUUUUCCUCAUUACAUGAAACAGAUUUUCAGCACUCUGAUUUACUCUGUAAAACAAGGGGGCAAAAAUCCUUGUUUCUACAAAGCUAAACUGUGUAGCAAUCUUUGGUAACACACAGCAUGACCGCUUUGCCAUUAGAUAUUGUUAAAUUCUGAGGCAUACCUUGGCCGUAGCAGCCACUAAGAAUUAAAACUCGGGUCAGUGGAACAAAACUGAAUGGGCAACACCGUCUGCUUGGAAUGGGACCAGUGAACAAUUAACACAAUUUAUUUAGUUCUCUACAUUCCCUAAGAUUCCAUUUUUAAAUUCCAUUUAUUGAGUUUGUGUAUAAACUUGUCUUUAGCCUGAGGAAAGUUUUUUCUUUUAAUAAAUACAAGGUUUGGGAUUUUUUUGUUUUUAAACUUUUAUAAUUAGUAUAUACACAUAUGAGAUACCAACCCAGAAAGUACUAAGGGGUCUCUUAAAGGCCUUAUCAGGGAAUUCAAAUUUCAUACACAUUCUUACCAGGUUAUUUGUAAAAGAUCGCUUUGAACAGCUGCAAAACAUUUAGAAACCCUGGCAGAUGCAUUGUUAACAUGCAGCCAGUUGAUGAGAGCAGAAACCUUAACAAGUUUCACGUAAUUCUUGCACUGAAUUUAAAUAAUAUAAAGUUAAGUGUGCAUUGAUUUUAUUUCAAUUUCUUAGCAUCCAAGAAGAGCUAUGCUUAGUGUUAGAGGAUUGACUCGCAAGCUUUAUUUCAGAUGGAAGAGUUAAAAAAGUGGAAGCACCUUACCGUUGGAGCAUGUUGCAUUUGUUUAGUGCUACUGAACAAUUCAGUAGUUAUUUCUGAACUCUGCUGCAGAGUGCGCUUUAAAGCACAUAAUGAGGAAUCUCUGCCUGACUGCUUUGUAAAUUGAAGCAAUGGUAUUUUUUAUCCUAUAAAUAGUCUAAUUUAAAAGUUUUUCCUACAAAAUGAGUUUAUAUUGCUGCCUAAACUAUCAUGUAUGUAAACAGAGGGUUUUUUAAAGGUGAGUGGGGAUCUGGACUGUGUGUGUGUGCAUGCUCGCGUGCGCGCGCGCGAGAGUGCGCCAUGUUUUCCCACUGGGUUAUUUUGAAAAUGUGUUCAUUCUAAAAUGUUAUGUUUUGCCCACAAGUAUAAAUGUACAGCUUGGUAUUUCAGGAAUUUAAUUGAUUGAAUUCAGAUUUAUAAAUGUUUCUCCCCUUCUCCACUUUUAUGAUGCCACUGUAAGGUGCACAUGCAGAAAAUACCUCUGAGGUUGACAAAUAUUUCAUCAGUGCUGUUUCACAUUGAAUCUCAAAGCAGUCAUUUGUUUUGAGAGGGGAAAGUUUUUUGUUGCUUUUUAUAAAAAGUCAGUUAUAACUUCAAGUGGCUCAGUGUGGGGGGGGUUACGGGUGGAGAGGAAAGACCGUGGAAAGUGAUUUUUAGAUGUAUACACAGAGGGUGUAUGGGUGUUGGUUAUAGUUGAAUUUUUAACAAGGGAUGUUUUGGUGUUUUUUUUUUUUUAAACCUGCAUGUUCUAUGGUUAACUAUCCAAGAGUGUAACAAGUUAUUCUAGCUUUUCCCAGUACUAAUUACAUUGGUUUUAAGAAGUAUCCAUGAUCACAAGAUGGCAUUUUCCCUUCAAUUGUGAACCAAGAGGGAUAGACAAUACCACCCAGACAGUGACUUCUGACUACUUUGACUCGGAAAGAAGGAAAGAAUCCACACUGUCUUGCUGAGUUUCUUGUACUGUAUGUCUUGCCAAGUGUGAAACCAUAAUACAUAGUUUAUGAAAAAUCGAAGGCUACAGAUCAUUCUGCAUGAUUAAAAGCCCAUUAGGGCCACUGAAACUGACUUUUUUUUUUUUUUUUUUUAGCCUUUAUGGUUAAGUGAAAAAUUAAAAUGGCAAACCAAUUCACCAUUUACUAGCUUUGUGCAAUAUUAUAAUGGUAGAAGCAAAACACUAGCACAUCGUGCUUGGCUUUUAAAGAUGGCUUUAACACCGUACAUUAAAUGGACGUGUGCACAGUGUAUUGUAAAUGCCAACUCUUGCAAAUUUACAAUACUUAAAUAUGCUCCAUUAAUAUUCUAAAGUAUUAAAAGUACAAAGAAAAAACUAAGCAGGCAUUUAUAGCAAUACUCUGGAAUCUCCAAUAAUUGUUUUGACUAUUGCCUUUCGCUCUUUAGUGCAACUUUAUUGCGUUGUAAUUAUUGUUUUGCUUUGUAUUUCAUGUUUUUUACACUCAUGACUUCGGAGUUAAGUACUUGUACAGCAAGUAUUGCAAUCACCUUCUCUUGUACAUGCAAUGUAAUAACAACAUACAGUUUUGGUGCUUAACAAACAAUACUCCUUUUUUCUUUAAUAAAAGAUAUUUAUUGAGUUUA